UCGCCACUGGAUGGCAUUUAGCAAAUUACCGCCGAACGGGUCGCUACAAUUUUAGGAACUCCGGUCGCUGAUCACUGGUCUCUCUUCAGUGGGGAAAACGUGUAGUUUUGGGUUUUUUUUCUCCUGGUGAGAAUAACUUUAAGAAAAAAAAAACUAACAGUGUAAGUGGAAUUGAACCCACUAAAGCUGCGGUUCCGGAAUCUCGCAAAACCGCAACACGUGUGUUUAACCAUUCUUCUGGUGUGCCAUUAUUUCCCGAUUGCCAUUAUUGGUUUGGUUUGGUGGUUUGUGUGCUUCUUGAGGGCUUUCCUGGGGGUUCAUCAUCAUCAUCGGCGUGCCCCGGAAGGUUGACAACACUUGAAGCAAAUUCCCCCUUCCAGUAGCUAGGAACCAAUCCCGAAUGCUCAAGCUCAAGUUCUAACCAUAGAGCAGGGCAAGGGAAAAAAAGGAUCUCAAGUGGAAUCGUGCGUGAUUGGAAUACGUAAUAGUCGGUGCUCGAAAUAGGAAGCAAAUUAGGAAACGAUUACCUGUUGGUUGAUUUUCGAGUGGAAGUUGACGGAACCGAGGGAAGAAAAAAAGGGUGCCAACUCACCCCCUCAGUGUGAGAGAAAACAAAUCCUGUCGAACAAGUGCUCGCUCCAAGGAAGAAGAAAAAAGCAGAGCCUCUUACCAGGAAAUGAAUGCCUUCGUUGAAUAAAUUGGAGGAAGAAAAACGCAAGUGGUGUCGGUUAAGUGAAAACGUUUCUCGGGAAAAUUGAGAGGCAUCGAAAAAAAAAACAAGUUAUCGAAAGGAUUAAAUUGAGAAGCACCACCCAAGUGAGUUCAGCAGUGUUUUUCCGUUGGAGGGUGUCGGAAUUUCGCUUUUUUCCGAUACAUUUCUUCUUAAUUCGAGUACCAGUCUUCCCAGAACGAGAAGAGACAGGAAAAACCCUGUACAAACGAAAAUGAUGCGUCCGUUACCAUUGUUAAUUUGCGCACUUGCGCUCACCACCACGACUCAGGCAGUCGUCAACAGUGAAGCACAACGCCGUGAAGCACCAAUAGCCGACUCGUACGGCCCACCGCCUUCAUCUCCCGAGUUCAGCUCGGCCGAAUUACCAGCUCCAGUAUAUGGAGCCCCGGCCGUAGCUCACUAUCCUCCACCUCCACCGGAUAUUCCACCACCGGUUCAGGCACCGAUCGUUCCGCACAAAGAGUAUGGCGUUCCGGUGCAAAAUUUCGGUCCUCCGAAGAUCAACAUCGAAUACGGACCUCCUCAGCAGCACAAACCAAUCUUUCACCAACCCCCAAAACCUAUCUACGGUCCACCUCCACAACAACAUCAUCACUCCCAUCCACCUCCACCACCACCUCCGAAGAAACAAUCCUCCUUCCUGGAGUCCCUGUUUUCGACCUUUGGUUUCGGAGGUGAAUCCGAGCAUCACCACGCCCCUCCACAGCAUCACUAUGGACCUCCACCUAAACCCGUCUACGGUCCACCGGCUCCGAAACCAGUCUACGGCCCACCUUCCUUCCCACAGCAGGCUCCUCCAAAACCAAUCUAUGGUCCACCCAAACCAAUCUACGCCCCCGCCCCGAAACCCAUCUACGGACCACCUAAACCUAUUUUUGCAGCUCAACAGUCAUCAUCGUUUGGCCAUCACGCCUCUGCUCACGUCCCACCAACUCCUCCGGAGAUCAAGUGUGACGGCUGGAAACCAAUCGCUGGCCCAGUUGGUCAGGCCAACCACGCCUCUCAUUCUAGCGGUGAACUCCAUGCUCCAGAAUCAUCCUACGGACCACCACCCAGUGGCGAUUUCUUGUCCAUCGCUGGUGCCGAAAUUGGUCAGCAACUCCCUCGCCUGGAACAUGGUCCGGCCUUCAACAGUGAUCUUCACGGUGGUCAAUCGCUGGAGCUGUCCAAGGGAAACAGCUUUGAGAUUCGUUCGAACCUCAUCUCUGACUCUUACGGCGCUCCUCCGGUAGAAUCCUUCGCACCAGGUGGCUAUAAGCCAUCGUUCGUUAAACCUCUACCCCCGCCUCCUCCAGCAUCUCCACCGCUGAAGAUCCAGUUGCCACCAUCUCCCAUCUACGGAGCCCCACACGGACCAUCUCACGGACCAUCGCAUCGCCCAGGAUCAUAUCCAGGACUAGGAAUCUCCCACGGAACCAUCAGCGGAAACCUCAAACCAUGGGCCGGGCACCUCGUCUCGCCUCCACGUCAACCGAUCGCCUAUCGACCUCCGGUCCCAGCAGGCCUCAUCGAAUCCAUCGGCCAAACCGUUGAGCACCUGGACCAGUUCGGUAACAAACCCCACUACACCGGAGACGUUUAUCUGCCACCUCCAACCAGUGACGUUGCCACCGCCCAACCAUCCCUGGAACUGAACACUCUCCCCUCCGAUCACCCUCCGAAACCUUUCCUGACCCAGCACCAGCUCUCGGAAUCGGCAGCCCAAAUUCAGCAGCCACGAUACCAGGAACAUCAGGAAGUGCUGCCCAUUGCCAACGAUUGUGGCCAUGGACCGGAACUGUCGCACAGUAGCGAGGGUCAUCAGCAGUCUUCGUACUUUAGCAGCUCGGCUUCCGGUUCCGGUUCGUACUCCAGCGAUGUGUCCAAUAGCAUCGAUACCAGCUAUGGGCCUCCGCCGCCGUCGUCGGUCGGGGAGUAUCGAACAGGUCAUCAGCUGCAAAGCAGUGGCUCAUCGGUUUCCACCUCCAGCCUCCCGGGACUCAGCGGAGGACUCGGCGGUCUCGAGCUGGUUUCCGCUCAGAAAUCCCAAAGCCUGACGAUUCCGGUCCAGGGCAAGCUGGGCUCCUACCAGUUGCAGUUCCAAUCGGCCGAUCCGCUGCAUGGCGCUGCUUCGAAUUCGGCACCACAUGAGCAGAUCCUAUCGGAAGGGCUGCUGCAGUCGAUUUUGUCGGCCAUCGAACAACCCCAGAACAACUUCCACCAGGAAGAGUCCUCCUUCGAUCCCAACAUCGACCACAGUGAGGUCUCGGUGUUCCUGAAAAGCCCCGAGGGUCAGAAGACUCUGACCGAUUCCCACAAACGAUAAAUCGGAUCCAGUUUUCGGAAUCCUUUCGGGAAGCUCAUGUUGUGUAAAAAGUUGCGUAGUCAUCCCUCGUGUGGAACCGAGAAUCGAGAUCAAUCGAGAGUGCGUGGGUGGGUGAGAUGUGGGUGGCAGGAAGAAGGAAGAUCCGACCGGUUUCCGGCAUCAAUUUUAAUUUAUUUCAUCCUCCCUUUGUGUGGGUAUGAGUGCAGUUGAAUUUCGAUGAAUGAAUGAAUCAAUGAAUGAAUAAAUAGGAAUCGAUUUUGAAAAAGUAAUUUUCUAGCAACCAAUUCAAGUUACCACAGUAUGAUAAGGAAUGCAUCGGAAGGGAAAUCGGAAAGCGGAGUGCUCAAGUGUAUUUGAAAUUCAACCAGAUUGAUAUGAAAAGACAACAACAAAACAGAUUUCGAUUAGGAACAAUUUAUUCGAUCAAAAGUUGAACUCUCAUCAAUUUGAAAUGAUUCGAACAAAUAUCGUUGCGUCGAGUGAUUGCAGUGUGUAGUUGUAAGUUGGUCAAUGCUUCUGAUGAAAAAAGCAAAUGAUUUAAUUAUUGACAACCGAAUAAACAAAACAGACAAUCGAUGAUGAUGAUUAAUUGCUAGAGUGCUGGAGCAAUCGAAUUUUGAUCAAAACAGAGUCAAAUCAGCCGGAUUGUGGGUGCAAGUGUGAUGUUGAUUCUGAUAAUUUGUGUGAAUGCGCUUGUAUUUGUGAUUGCUGCCUGAUAUUUAUUGUUUCAAUAAAAUGCGAUUGAAUAUUUGCCCGUGGUUUUGUUUUCGUGAUGUAAUUUAUUUGUCCACUUGUUCAAAUGUUUGAUUGAGUUCAAUAUUAGGCAGAUUUUAAUAUCAGGAACAACGAAACUUAAAUCGAAAACAAUAUAAGUAUGGUACAUAUAAAACAGGGCGAAUCGAGUGAAACAAAAUAAAUAAAGUAACUUUAAAAUAUGA